AUUGAGAUUACUUUAGAUCAUCAUCAGGGCAAUGCGAGAUCGGUUGAAUGGCUAGACAUGCACUACAGAACGUCCGUCCGCCGGCUACAUCGAGAUUUGCAUUUCCUCCGCCCGCAGGUCUUGUCCGAUAGAUCCUCCGUCGUGUCAUGAAAAGGUGCCUGUGUCCAGGUCGUCUGCUGUGUCUGGACCGCAGGUCACACUUGCUCCAUACCUCAUCAGUCUCCUUGUAUCGCCUGCUUAGCUACUCUCAGCGCAAAGGGCUCCCAGUCGGGAGACCUUUCUCGGGAAGGCGGCAAUGGGGUCGCCAGUUCUCUAGCCCUUCGAUCGACCGUCGAUUACUGCGAGACCACGUCCAAACGGAAAAUAAGAAAUCCCCUAUAGCUGGGUCGCAGCAAAAAAAUCCGGAGGCAUGGAUUUUACUGUUGGAACAAUACCUGCUGCCGUCUUCCGAACCGGGCGCUGCAUCCCAAGAGUCUCUCACUCGGACAAUCGAACUAAGCAGCUUGCUGUUCGACGCAAGACAUUAUGGGAACCUGGACCUCUUGGCCCAUCUUGGAUACCGGUUGAACAAUUGGCCUGCUGUUUAUACUUUACUGAGUCAGCUACUUGAUGCCACAGAUGCUUUGAACGACGCCUCCCUCACUUUUAAGACUCUGUCCAACAACAGCUGGGGCUAUGAGUCUAGUGUGUCGCUUGACCAAUUUACCGGUCAAGGCAUAGAAUCGGCUCCGCAACUCCCGCCAGACCCAGCCGUGCAGGUAUCUGAGUUGACAAGCCUGGAUUCGCUGACUGAAAGACCCUUUGCGGACGAUCAUUCCCGGCGGUUCAUGGCGCAAGUAUGGCAGAGCUUAGGUUCGAUUGUGCUUGGCGCCGCUGAUGUCUCGCCAAAUGACUCAAAGCUGGCAAUGUCUUACGUGUUCCGGAUACUUGCGCGUCUGCACCACUCUGGUGCGGUAUCUGACAGAGUAUACAAGUAUGCUACCCCGGAUAGCCAUCAGGUCGCCUUUCGACCGCCAACGAUGCAUCUACUCUCUAAUCAUAUCAUGAGUGUCCUGUCGGAUGCAGUAUGGCUCGUACAUGAAGCAGAAGUAGCCGCUAAAGCGGCUGCAGCAGGCGAAGACUCCCCUUUCCUUCCCUUCAAGAUGGGGAUCCGAGAACUUGGACCUGAAAUCUGGCUAGAGUUUAUUCUCUGGUGUUGUGUGGAACAUGGACAUAUCACAGAGGGUAUAUGGUUGAUUGACCAAAUAAAGACACGGAAGGGGGAUCUGGCUUGGAAAUUUCAAAGCUGGAGGCCCCUCCUUGAGCAUCCAGAGUCGGUGUGGAAAACAAAAGUUGACUCGGAAGUAUCCUGGCGCCAUCCGGCUCAGGUUGACGGUCCUUCGUCUCUUCGAAAGCGCAGCAGCCCCUCCCCUUUCAAUGGACUCGGGGAGCGAACAAUCAGUCUUGAAGUAGCCGCUUCAUUGUUGGAUAAUCUUCCCAACUGGGUAUAUCGUGGACUAGGCUUCCGGGGUAUAACUUCGGCCGUGCUUCUACGUCAUAUAUCCUCGCUCAAGUUCACAAUUGCUCAAGGAGCCAUGGAUGAUACCCCAUUAGCCACAUCUAAGGGAUCUAACUGGUUCACUCUUCGUGUUCUCGAAUCUGGCUGUAUCGACCCAGAGGCUGAUCCUCGGGCGUUUGACGAGUUCAUCCGAGCCAUUCCUCAUAUUGUUCCGCCCUGGGAGAGCAAUGACCUACACGUCCCUGACGAGGAGGAGCUGGAGCAACUCCAGCCGUCUCAGAUAUAUGAUGAGACAACAGCCUUAGCUACACUUAUUGAACACAACAUCCGGUUUUACUCUCGGCAACGCCUAUGCGGAGAUGCGAUGGACUCAUUCACUUGGCUCCAGACUGUAGUUGACAAGAGCAAAAUGCAACGCAUAGGCGAGUUCUUCUCCUCGCGGGUCGACUUGUCCCAUGACGAACACCUUCCUACUUUCGAUAGCAGCGACCUUGCGUCUCUUAAGCCAUUUGAAUCAUCGAUGCCCCAAAUCUCAGCUGUUACUCUAGCCGAAAUUCUCGACUUGGUAACAGUGUCCCGAGCGUUCACAUUUGGCGAAUGGCUGCUCUUCUCGAACGACAUUGACGGGCCCCCGAUCCCUUCCAGCGCAUACGGGGACCAAGCCCUGGCACCAUCCAUCAUUCGUUUCGCCGCCGCUACCAAGAAUAGUGCGCUCUGUGAUUCAGUCGUCCAGUCUCUCACACAGCCCCUCUCUGCGAACACCCUGCGAGCCUUGUUGAACUACCGGAUCACAAUGUAUCAGUGGGACCUAGUAACUGUAAUACUAGAAUAUCUCCGCGGCUACCGCUCAAAAUCAUGGGGUCACAGCAAUGUCACCGCAUUAGCGGCUGAGAUCAUCAGAUUAGACCAUAUUGUCAAGACCGAAUCCGACGCAACAAAAGCAGAAGACCAUACCAGAAAUCUAGAACAAGCAAAGAAUAUUCUCUUACGAAUCCUGGACGGUGAAUUCAAUGAACUGCACCCAAGGGACAACUACCAAGAGCGAUCCCUCUACGGACUGCACCGCCUCUUCCUCUCCAUCCCCGGCGCCCUCCACGACCUCGCCGCAUCCUCCAACCUCCGCUCCCAAAAGAUCGCCCGAAGCACCAUUCCCCACGUACCUCCCACCGCCUUCCACCCCAUCCUCUCCGCCGUAGUCGACACCCAAGGCAGCACAGCCGGCAAACGCCUCUGGGACACAUGGUGCGUCGACGUCCAGUCUCCGUCCACCCGCCGUCUCCAAAAAGGCGGCAUCCCCCGUCUCUACCUGAACAAAGAACGAGACCCGAAAAAGGGUGAUCCCCACUUCGACGAAAGAUAUUUCAAACACGUGCAGAAAAAGCUGAUCCUCCCAAAUCUCACUACCGUCCGCAUCAUCGCCCAAGCGGCCUUGAAAGAACAUGAGGCUUAUGAAGCCCAACAUCAGCGCCCUGUCGCCGAUGCUUCAUCACCCGCCCAGUCAUCAACAAUCGACUAUUCUCAGAAUCCAGCAAGGGGCGUUCUUGAAUUCUGCAUAAAGAAAUUCGAGGCCCUCGGUCUUCGCCGACCGGAUAUCAACCGCGAGGUUGGAGGCCUUGUAUAUCGGAGGCAGAAGGAGCUGAGGAGAAUGAAGAAACAGCGACUGCAGAGAGAAGGUGCUCUGGUGCAGGAAGAUGUGGAUCGUGAGUAGGGUGGUUGAUCGAUUUUAUCCUGUACUAUGCAUGAAUACUAUAUCUUGGAAAUUUUUUGUAUUGUUUUUGUAUUAUAUUAUAGAUGUGUUAGAUACCAAAUGUAUAAUGGAAUAUGUAUAUAGCAUUGAGCAGAACGCUCACUUGUUAUUCAAGCGUUAUUUCCUGGACGGCUACCUAAACUGUACACGUUUGCCUGGUUUGUAA